UCCCCUCGCAGCAGCGUCGCCCGAAAGCUGAAAAGCUGGCCAGCACAAUGGGAAAAAAACAGAACAAGAAGAAAGUGGAAGAGGUCCUAGAGGAAGAGGAGGAGGAGUAUGUGGUGGAGAAGGUCCUGGAUCGGCGGGUGGUGAAGGGAAAGGUGGAAUAUCUGCUCAAGUGGAAAGGAUUCUCGGACGAGGACAACACCUGGGAGCCCGAGGAGAACCUGGACUGCCCCGACCUCAUCGCAGAGUUCCUGCAGUCCCAGAAAACCGCCCACGAGAGCGAGAAAUCCGAGGGCAGCAAACGCAAAGCGGAGUCGGACACGGAGGACAAGGGGGAGGAGAGCAAACCAAAGAAGAAGAAGGAGGAG